AUGUCAAACAAUAAUGAUGUUAAACACAACAUCUUCAACCUCCCACAAGUCAUAAUCCUCCACAUUCUUUCAUGUCUUCCCAUCAAAUCUUUGCUUCAAUUCCGACGUGUUUCCAAGUCAUCUCGGCAGUUGGUCUCCCACCCGUAUUUGGCCAAGCGCCAUCUCUUGGCCUCAACCCCAAACCACCCUGAUGAUCACCACCUUUUGAUCUACUACGAAACCGAUGAUUACAAGUAUGAAUUUUACUCCCUUAGAUCACCUAUCACUUUACAAGAAACACUUAAGCUUCAAACCCCAGACAAUGCCCUUCAUGGAUAUCUUAGAAUUGUUGGUUCUAGCAAAGGCUUAAUGUGCUUUUUUGACACAAACUAUUUCUCGAAUGUCGGUAGGGUUAUUCUUUGGAACCCAAGUGUUAAUAAGUAUAAGAUUGUCUGCGAUCCUGUUUACAACGACUUGAAUAGUAAAAAGUUUUCUCAUUUUGUUGUCGGGUUUGGUUUAGUUUCAAGGGAUCUAGAGUUUAAGGUUGUUGAGAUUGUUUACUAUUCGCAUAAAGUCAAGGUUGUCAAUGAUGUGUUUGUUUAUUCAUUUAGUACUGAUACUUGGAAGAAAAAGGAUAAUGUGACGGCUCCUUGUUUUUUGGCUAGGGGUUGGUCUAGUAAUGUGAUGGUGAACGGUUUUGUCCAUUGGUUGGGUCGUAAAGGUCCUGGUAAGGGUGAUGAUUAUCUGAUUAUGGCGUUUGAUAUAGAAAAUGAGUGUUUUAGUGUUGUUGAGCUGCCUAAGAAUAUGGUUUAUGGUUAUGAUCAAUUGUAUCUGGUUCCAUAUGGUGAUUCUAUUUGUUUGUCAUUGUGUGCUCAUUAUAUUGGACUUAAUGGGAUCGACAAAUGGGACAUCUGGGUGAUGGGUGAUUACGGAGUAGCCAACUCUUGGAUGAAAGUUUGCGUGGUUAUGCAGCCUAAAGUGUCGAACCCACCUCUGAUGAUGAAAAGUUAUCAUCGAGUUUUGGUGGUGACGAAUGAUGGAAGUCUUGGUUUGUAUGAUUCGGUCAAGAAACAGAUGUGGAAUCUCGGGACGUCUGGAUUGAAAGAAAGUUUUCGUGCGGUUCACUAUACGGCUAGCUUAGCUCUGCUUAAUUGA